AUGGUGGCUUCAGCUACAAGAGAGUGCCGCUGCCCGAGACCCGCGGCAGGGGCAAGAAUUAUCCCAAAGGCGACCAGCUGCCGUGGCGCUUUCCUGCCGGCCGCAUCGCUGCGCCCCGCGCCGCCGGGCUCACUUGGCGCAUCCCCGCAUCCCGCUCCCGCGGCGGGCGCCUGUGGCACGCCAGCCCCGCCGCUCCAUUCCCGGCGCGGCCGCCCCUCCUCCGAGCGCCGCGCCAAUGGCGCUGCCCGCCCGCCCGGCCGCGCCCCGCCCGGCCCGGCCCCCGCCCUCGCAGCCCCGCACAAACCUCACAGCCCCUCAAUAGCCCCAUGCCCCGCCCGGCCCGGCCCUCGCCCUCACAGCCCUGACAGCCCCUCACAGCCCCGCGCCCCGCCCGGCCCGGCCCCCGCCCUCACAGCCCUGACAGCCCUCACAACCCCCGGCCCGGCCCACACCCCGCUCUCACAGCCCCUCAUAGCCCCGCACAGCGCCUCACAGCCCCGCACAGCCCGCAGAGCCCCUCACACAGCCCUCACAGCCCCGCACAGCCCGCAGAGCCCCUCACAGCCCCGCAGAGCCCCUCACAGCCCCGCAGAGCCCCUCACAGCCCCGCACAGCCCGCAGAGCCCCUCACACAGCCCUCACAGCCCCGCACAGCCCGCAGAGCCCCUCACACAGCCCUCACAGACCCCCGGCCCGGCCCACACCCCGCCCUCACAGCCCUGCGUCCCCCCGCCCCGAAACUCUGAGCCCGGGACACCGCGCGGAGCCCGAACCUGGGCGCAGGUGGCUUUUGCGGGGCUGCCCGGAUACACAGGCGGCGCUGCCGAAAGGAACGGCAGUGUAAAAAAUCCAUCACCGGGAUGUUCCUAAUUCGCUCGGUCCCACGGAAUCAUCGCUCAGCACAGCGCACGGCCGGCUCAUUUGUCCCCCUGUCAGAACACACUGAUCGGCAUCAAGCUCCGCACGCUGGGGAGCACUUUCCUAAAAUCUGACAGCUCCCACAGGCAGUAAGGACUUGAAAAUGUGCUGCACACAACUUCUUCGGGAAGGAAAAAUCUUACUGAAACUGUGGCAAUCAAAGUAUUAACACUCAGGAAAGCAAGACUCAUUUACCAUCAUUGCCCCAAAUUCCCUGUUGCAAAGUACUUGUCUCUGUAUGUGCCACCUCCUUAUCUGUCUGCUGCCUUCCUCCUCUGUCUGCCCUUUGAUUUUGGCUGUAACCUACUGGAGCAAAAUCAAAAGAUGGCUGGCUAACAUUUUCCAGCAGAGAAUUAACCAAAAUGAACACAGAUUUCCUUCAUGAAGCAUCUCACAAGUCUCAGCAUAAAUCAAGAGACACGAGCACCAAUUAAUUAAAGAACAAAUUAGUAAAAGUAAAAUGAGCUGGUUUUUCACAUAGCCUAGGCAAUUCGCCCUGCAAACCACCCUCUAAUUCUGUUAAUUUACAAACUGCAAACUUAGGGUCUAAUUAUUUCUCUUCAUUUCCUCCACAAACCAUAAAUACACUGACCAUACCUAGUGCAAGCUUUAGAGAGAAAGAACCUGAGCACAAAGCACAAGGAAUAACUCCUCCACCAUCUGUUUCAGUAACUUUGAUGACUUACAACUUUUCUGGUUUUUGAUUUCUCUACAUCUAAAAUUAGAAUUUUCUACUCUACUUCCCUCCCUUUCCUGCACGAUAUGAACUCUGCCCCCUUAAAGGAGUCUUCUUUCCCUAGCACAUAAAGAUGGUCCAAUGGAAGCAGAUCUGUUCUCAGUCAGAGCUCCCAAUACACUAUUAAUUUUUCCUGUGGUACCAAACAGUUCUGCCCCCAGCUCUUCUCCUCACCUGUACUACAACUAGACCAGUUUGGUAAUAGAAACCCAAAAAUUAUUCAAAUACUUUCUACAUUUUCUGUCAGUAUACAAAAAUGCCUGUACAUGGAGAGUCAUAUUAAAUGGCAAAAAAAAGACUGGGUAUAGCUCAGCACACAAAUUAUGCUGAAACAGUGACAAGUCAGAUAACUGUUAUUUAACAAGGAUGCCCAUGGUACUGCAUGUAACAGAGGAGAAUUUGGCAUAUUUACUGUAAACUAGACAACUGAAGCCCAAAGGCAGCUCAUUGCUAUCUGGAUAAGAAAAGGGUUAGAAAUCACUUGCUUUCACCUUUCCUGAAGGCAAGAAACCAUCAAUUCUAUAGAGAAUUAAAUCUAAGGUGGAACAAAAAGUUUCUAAAUGUUUAUUUUAAAUAAAAAGUAAUAAACAUCAACACACAGUGGAUAUAUUUCAGACAGAUGCAGAAAAUGCUUGAGGAAGGCUGAGGUCCUGCAUAACCCUUACAAUUUUCUCCAGCCUCUUUUUACCAUCAUCACAUAGCACACCUCAUGGAAAGGACAACUUUUUAAAAGCACUUUAAUGUAAAAUGUACUUCUCCAGCAGUUGCUGCUCAUUCUCAUGACAAUACCAACAGCUAAUUAGAAACAGAGUCAUUUGAGAUACAGUCAUUACAGUCAUGCUUUUAUUAAAUCUUCCACACUAGGAAACCCAGUCAGAAUCACUAGCGUAAAUGGAAAAUCCUUGAGAGAGCAAUGCUGCACCAACAGGCUAACUGCAGCUUGGAUGACAUGCUUACAUGAGGGAGUGAUGUCCUGCAUGGGAACAGGGGGAAAUCAGCAAAAGGAGAAGGGCUGGUGUACUCUACACUUGCCCAUCCCUGGUGUAAAGUGAAUGAAAGGGGCAUGCUGGAUCUGUACUGACGUUUAAGCUGUUUAACAAUAAAGUAAUGCAUGAAGCAAGAUG